CUUUAUGGUGCGAUGCCACCGGGACUGAUAACCGGACGAGCCCAAGAUGGCCACCGCCUCCGUCUCCGCCUACGCGGCAGCCACCGGCGCCGGUGGGGAAGCAGCGGCAGCGGCAGCGGCGGCGGGGCUCUCCCGUGCCCGUGCCAGAGCACGGCCUCCGCCACCUCGCCUCGCGUUGCUCUCCAGAUCGCCCCCCGCUCGGUGGGUCUCCUCGAUCUCGCUGCGCCGGGGGCUUCACCUGGCGGCGGCGGCAGCCGAGGCGAGGGAGGAAGAGGGGCCGGCGUGGGUGGAGCUGGAGCCGGUCGGCAGCGAGCAGCAGUUCGACCGCGUCCUCGCCGAGGCUCAGAAGCGCGGCGUCCCCCUCGUCGUGCUCUGGACGGCGAGUUGGUGCAGAAAAUGUAUAUAUCUGAAGCCGAAGCUGGAGAAGUUGGCAGCAGAGUACUAUCCAAGAAUUCAGUUCUACUGUGUCGAUGUCAAUGCUGUCCCGCAGAAGUUUGUGAAUCGUGCAGGAGUAACAAAGAUGCCUGCUAUACAGAUGUGGAGUGACUCCCUGAAGCAGGCUGAGGUGAUUGGCGGCCACAAAUCUUGGCUGGUGAUCAACGAUGUUCGGAGUAUGAUCGAGCAGGAGGAAUAAUCCAAUGUGUGUUUUGGUGCGACGAUGAUUUUUCGCGACAAGACAUGCCUUUCAACACGUGUAAAACGGAGAAAAUAACACGAGGCAACCAUCAAGUCAUCAACACGUACUCUGAAGACUGAGCUAUAUGUUUAGUGUUGUAUAAUGAUCAUGCAUAAACACCUAGGGUUCUUAAAGAAAGAGGGGCUUCACUUGUUGUAAGUCCUCUUUAGAAUUUAGAGGAUUGGUAUGAAGUACUAUGUAGCUACUGGUGGCUUCAUUCCUACGAUGUUCAUGAUGUGUCUAUUAUCUUUAGUUAGUGGGAUUAAAGGCUUUUUACAUCAGUCAGUAGUAUAAGAUACUGAGUCAACGACCUUCCAGAAAUCAGAAUUCAUGUUUGAGUGCUAUGGUACCAAUCCA